AAGAAACUACAAUGAACUGAUAAGAAAUGACCGGGAGAAGCCAUGAAAAUAUACAAAAUUUGUUGAGACUUAUUUCGUUUCAAACUUUUGAAUUCAACGUUUGUGUGUAAACAAAAUAUUAAAUUAUUUUCACAAUGAAAACAUUUCCGCAAAUUCUCAUAGUUUUGUUAUUAAUAAUAAAAAAUUUCGCUCAAGAACUGGAAAUUCAAGAAAUUACUAAAGAUUAUGCUACCACAAAUGAAGAACUGGAGGCCAUACAAUAUAUUACCACGGAACAUUCUAUAACAAAUGUAAUAUUGGAAAUAACGCCAGAAAAUCUUACUGAUACCUCAAUAAAAUCUAAAGAAAUUGAGGAAAAUUCUACUACCACGAUAAAAAUUAACAAUGAUAAAUUAUUUGCUGAGCAGACUGGAAAUGAAGAAAUUCAAACGAUUUUAAAUGACUUAACAAAUCAUCAAGAUGAAAUCAAAGAUAUAUCCAAGAAGUCUUCAGAAUCUGUGGUCGAUGUAAUAGCUACUACUACAAGUAUUCCAGAAGAAUCUAAAGAUAUAGCCGAAAAGUCCACAGAAAAUCGGAUUGAUGAAACUACUACUACAGUAAAUAAUCUGAAUGAAAACAAAGAUAUUUCCGAAAAAUCAACAGAAUCUCUAAACGAUGUUACUACUGAUUUUACAAAUAAACAAGAAGAAUCUAAAGAUAAGUCCGAAAAGUCUACAGAAAAUCGAAUUGAUGAAACGACUACUACUGUAAGUAAUCUAGAGGAAAACAAAGACAUUUCCGAAAAGUCAACAGAAUCUCUGGUUGAUGUAACUGCUACUCCUCAAAAUAAGCCAGAACAAACUAAAGACAUAUCAGAAACCUCCACAGAAUAUCUGAUUUCCGAAAAGUCUACAGAAUUAUUGGUAGCUGAAACGACCAGCCCUACCACUGUUGACUAUGAACCGAACACAACGCCCUUAAACACUCUGGAGGAUUAUGCUGUUAAACAAAUGAAUUUCAUACUGGAUCACUUGCUAAUGGAGACCCAAGAAUUUGUAGCAACAGUUUUGCAAGCCUCUGUUAAUACGGUAUUCCAAAGAGACUAUUUAAAACGUUAUGCAGAGGGUUUAAAUCGCCUAUUAAAUCCUGACACUGACAGCGAGUACAGUGAUGAAAUUAUUGAGGAUACAAAAGUUAUGACUCAAGAUGAACUUUAUGAGGAAAUUGUUACUAAAUUAAAUUUCCUUAAAAGCAAACCCAGCAAAUAUCUGCAAAGACAUUUACCCCGGGACUGGAUCCAUGAGUAUCGUAAUAAAAGAGCUGAAUUGGCCAUAUGGUUGGACAAGGCCUCCGAACAAAUGCAUAGGGAGUUUAAUCGUUUUGUUUCGGAGGAAGAGGAUCAUAUUAAGUAUCAAUAUUUUAGUGAGGCUUUUGAUGAUAUUUCUCGAGCCACCGAGAUCCAUCAUAAAUUGGCUUUGUUGGCAGAUUUGGUGAAGAUUGUGAAAAAUAAGAAACAAAUAACAUUUAUGGAUUUAUACAUGCAAACUUAGUUAGUUUUUUUUAUCUAUUUAAUUAUAUAUUUCAUAAAUAUUGAAUAAAUAUAUUGUGUUUGUGUGUUUAAACAUUUCAUAUUUCAUUGGCUUUUAAUUCCUUAAAACGUGCAAAUAAUUUCUCUCUGUGUACAAUGUCAUGUUCAUCAUUGAGUUCCUGCAACAAUUCAAAAAGUUCUCCAUGACGUUGUAUGCCCUGCUCUGAGAAGCGUUGACGUAAUAAUCUGGCUGCCUUGGAAAAUUUAUUAUUGCAUUUGCGCUCCUCUAUAGAGAGACGGGCCAACAACUCAAACAUGCCCAACAAACCACGACGCAAAAUAAUAUCCUCUCUUUCCUGUUUGGCCAAACCGGAUUUAAUGGUGGCAAUCAGCUGCUGCAAUUCCAUUAAUAAAUUCUCCUUGUCUUGUAUGCUGCCACCCUCAUCCCUCAGCCUCUGGGAGUUGACUCGAUAUUGAUGCAACAAUUC